UGCAGGAAGAUCCGUGGGGGGAUGAGCGUACAUGUGAAUCUACGAAAACGGCUUGUACAUUCAUUCCUCCGUCUCCUCCUUUCUUCUCUCAUUCCUAACUCAAACCACACUACUAUUACUAUGUCCUAUGUCUCUUCUCUAAUCUCUUCCUGUUCCCAAAAAUAGCAUCACAUCAGAAAACAAAAACAUAAUCCUUAUUCUUCUUUAAAACCCUCUAUCAUCGUUUGCAGAACAAGUUAGUUAGUUUUUAAUUUGUGUGCUUAAUAGCAAUCAAGCACAAUGGUGGAUUCCCCGGUCCUUUCCCCCUCCCCCUCCGUCUUGAGGAACCGGUUACUAACAAGAACUGACUCCAUGCGCUUCUUUUCUUCGAGAGGAGUCAUGAGUUUUGCUUACGGUUUCACGUUGGCUUCUAUCUUGUUCAUGCUCUUCUUCGUUCUUAAUCCUUCUAGCUACCAACAAUUAUCUCCGAGGCUCAGAAAUGCCUUCCAAUCUUCACGUGGAUCUCAUUUCUCUAACGUCUUUGCUCACAUUUUCCCCAACUCUCCUUCCUCUUCCCAUGACAGCUUUCAUCAUCCAAGUUCCAAUUCCCGUGAAGAAUUUUCCGAUCAUAGGCUAGGGAGUGCUUCUUCUCCUUCUCAAAUUUCGAGAAAGGAAGGUUCUGGACUCAUACCAAAGGAUUCUCAAAGUGAGGAACAUAGAAUACAGGCACCACAGCAAGAACCUUCUCUCACUGCAUGGUCACCGUCACCAACUGCUUCUCCAAAUGAACAGCAAGAUUGGAUGGAUAUGUGGAAGAAUUGUGAUAUGUAUGAAGGUUCAUGGGUUAGAGAUGAUUCAUACCCACUUUACAAUGCUGGCUCUUGUCCCUAUAUUGAUGAGCCUUUCAACUGUUUCCGCAAUGGUAAGCGUGAAAAUAUGUAUGAGAAGUACCGCUGGCAGCCCAAGAAUUGCAACGUGCCAAGGUUUAAAGCUAAUGAAAUGUUGGAGAUGCUAAGAGGGAAACGUUUAGUUUUUGUUGGUGAUUCCCUCAAUAGGAAUAUGUGGGAAUCUCUGGUUUGUGUUCUUAGAAAUUCAGUGAAAGAUAAGAGCAGAUUGUUUGAAGCCUCUGGCAGAGAAGAAUUUCGAACUGAGGGUUCGUACUCAUUUAUUUUCCAAGAUUACAAUUGCUCGGUUGAGUUCUUUCGUUCAGUGUUUCUUGUUCAAGAGUGGGAGAUUCCAGACCAGAAGGGAUCAACGAAAGAAACACUUCGUCUUGAUUUGCUUGAGAGAUCUUGUGAUAAGUACAAAGAUGCAGAUGUUCUUAUCUUCAACACAGGUCACUGGUGGACUCAUGAGAAAAGAAUAGAAGGGAAGGGAUAUUAUCAAGAAGGAGAUCAUAUCUAUGGACAAAUGAAUGUUGAGGAGGCAUUUCAUAAAGCUUUGUUGACAUGGGCACAGUGGAUAGAUUCCAAUGUUGAUCCUAAGAAAACUACAGUUUUCUUCAGGGGCUAUUCUCCGUCUCACUUCAGGGGUGGAGAAUGGAAUUCAGGUGGUAAGUGUGACAAUGAGACAGAACCAAUGGAAAGUGAGUCUGACCUAGAAACUCCUGAAAUGAUGAUGACUAUUGACUCUGUAAUUAAGAAAAUGAAGACUCCAGUCUUCUAUUUGAACAUCACGAAAAUGACUUAUUUCAGGCGUGAUGCUCACCCUUCCUUGUUCAGAAACGAGAAUAUGACAGAAGAGACAAAAAGAUAUAUGCUCUCACACCAGGAUUGUAGCCAUUGGUGUCUUCCUGGUGUUCCUGAUUUGUGGAAUGAAUUAGUGUAUGCUCACCUUUUAUAUAACUUGAAUAGAAACAAGAACAACCCCCCAAAAUAAUUUUUGAUACAUUGUUUUUAAACAAACAAAAUAGCAUAGGCUUCAUUUUAUAUUUGUGAUAUAUUCAGUACAUAAUUGAAUUACUAGGUCGUGUAAUUAUUUCAUUCUUACCAAUAUGAUGGCACCUUAUUCUUCUUUCUAUUCGCUCCCUCAAAAGCUAGAGGGAGGAUCAA